AUGUCGGACGUCGAACAAGACAAGCACACGCACAACACAACUGAGGAUGUGGAGGAGAUUCCACAGGACAGAGCCUUGGUGGAAAAGGGACCGCCAGUGGCGCUGAAGCCAAAUUUCAGAGCAUUCGACCAGGUGUCCAUUCCCAUCGAGAAGAACGGCGUUGUGAAGCCAGGCGUCCUGGUGGUUCAUCAGGCGAGGCAGGCUGGUAGAAGCUGGGAGUAUCAGCUAAAGGACUCGAAGGGCAACUUGUUCAAAGGUGGAGCCUGGAUCCCUCAAAAAGAGUCGCCUCCGCCCGAGUACAGCGAAACGGUGGAGCAGGCUGAAAGCCGGACGGACGAUGCAAGAGAAACCCUGUCUCAGCGCCUGCUGGGUCUCUUCAAAUCCGAGAAGCUGCCAGAUGAAAUCACCGAAACAGAGGUCAGAUCGCUUGAAGGUUCACAGCCUGGCUACCCCCAUCUCGCCACUUUGAAAUGUGAACAAAGCUUCAUGCUGUAUCGAGGUUUCAGUUGGGUGCACGCACGCCUCAUCAUGGAUCUGCAGGCAAAAAUUGCAUAUCUGGAGAAAGAGUUGGAUGAGCUAGACAAGUCCGAAGCAGUCGACCCUGACACAGAAAGGAGGCUAUGCUGGGUUGAAGAGGACAUGGAUGGCCACAAAAGAGCAGCAGCGAGCGAGCGGACGCGACAGAAGAUUUUUGAAGAGCUGCGAGGGCUGGUACUUGAAUAUGAUGAACUCUUGAUCAAAGCGAAAAAGUUGGCUAGUUUCCAACGGCCUUCUGACAGAGAUUACUACAGCGUCCGAAAUUUUCACUACAGGUUUGGGCCACUCGUUGAGGAUGAUGAAGAGUACAUCAAGCAUCGUGAGGAUCUCAUCAGCCUGAAAGCCGGACGGGAGUGGGCGGGAUUCGACGGCUUCGUCGAAAACACUGUCUUUAAGCUGUCGAAGAUUUUCCCCAAAAUAAAGAACAUAUUUUGCGAUGAUGACCUUCGCCGCAGAACCGACUCCGGGAGGACAAAGGUUCACUUCCUCUCCCCUGGACGGAUCGAGGCUUUUGUCAGCCUAAUCAUCACCGUUGUCAUUUUCGUUCUCCUGAUAAUUCCUGUGUUUGCCAUGUAUCGGUUGGCGAGCUUCAGAGACACCAAGGAUAUCUUUGCGGCAAUAGGGUGGGUAGUUGAAGCUAUCGUCCGGACGUUCAUGUAG